AUGUCCGAACGGAUUUCCCGUCCGUCCAGUCCCUACUUGGAGCCCCCGAGGAAGAGCGUCGAGUUGGAAGACCCGGGGGCUCAGGAUUCCGCUACGAACAGUGACGACGAACAUUUUUCAGACGCCAGCGAGGGCCACCAACGCCCUGAAUCCCACCCGCCGUCCGGCCGAGCUUCCCCUAUCCCCUUAACCCGUGUGGAGAAGGUCGACGAGGAACCCUCGCAUGGGGAGGUGCCUGGGACUGCUGCGUACGAAAUAAGGGACCAGGAUGCCGUUCCCGACCAGAUUGAAGUUAUCCCGGAGGGUUCACGCAGCCGAAGCGCUUCAGCGAGCGGCGAACGGCCUGUGACUCCGACAUCAAUUCCGCGGACAGUGGUUGAGAAAGUCGACUUAGACCAACCCAGUCAUGGCGAUAUUCCCGGCACCCCAGCGUAUGAGAAAAGAAAGGCAGAUGCGGUACCCGAUGUGGUGAAGAAGGCGUCGGAUUCAGAUACAGACGAACCGUCCCCUAUACCGGGGUCCUUCGAGGCCAGUGCGGCCGAGACACCUGUUCCCGAAACGCUGCUCUCCCGCGUGGAAUCCAACGAGGACGAUGUCACAGAAGAAGGUCCUGUUGCUCAUCAGCCAAAGCCGAUUGAUCCGGAGCCAGACCACACCGAGACCGUCCCCGAUGCACCAGAUUCGCCUGCAAGCCAUCGAAGUCACGCCCGCCGAGGAUCGUCAGUAAACGACGCCGCAGCCGUUGACCCGGCCGGUGCAGACGAGUUUGACGAUUUCGCCGAGGAGCAGGAAGACGACGACUUUGGAGACUUUGACGACUUCGACGAUGGCUUCCAAGAGCCUAUGGAGGCUGUCGAGGAUGAACCAGCAGAAAUACAGCCCCCGCAGCCUCCCACACCUCCUUCAGUUCCACCCCUCCUCGACCUUGACGCCAUUCCCUCCCUUGCAGACCUUCACACCACCCUCUCCGACCCCCUCGACCGCCUCUUCCCCAGCACCAAAGACACCGUCAGCCUGCAGCCCCUUGACCCGAUCCCCAACCCCACCGCCAUCUUCAGCACCGAGCGCUCCCUCUCCCUUUGGUCUCAGCUCGUAGCCCCUCCCCCACUCCAGCCCCAAAACUGGGUGAAAUCCCGCAUCCGGCGACUCUUCCUCGUCUCACUUGGCGUGCCCGUCGACCUCGACGAGAUUCUCCCAGCCUCUAAGCAAAAGAAACUCAUCCUCCCCUCUGUCAACCUCGACGACACACGUCGCUCCUCCACCCCACCAAUCGCACACUCUCGCUCCCAAAGCCUAGCAGCCAAGCGCGACAGCACACAAAGCGGCCCCGGCAGCCCAGGCCCCAACCAACAAUCUCGAACCCGAACUUCUCGCCGAAGAGAACCCUCCCCACCACCCGAAUUGGAUCUCCCGGCCGUACACCGCCUGUGCGCAACCACCGACGCAGCUCUAGACGGCCUAACGGACAAAGAACUCCGCGGACAUGUCCAGGAACUCGAGUCGGCAACUUUACGCGCAAGCUCCGUACUAGAGUACUGGUUGAAACGAUUGGACGGGCUCAUCAGUGAAAAGGAGGCGUUUGAAGGCGUCAUAGAAAAUUUGGUAAGCCAUGCUAGACGAGUCCGGAAUAGUAUAGAUCGUGUAUUCAUGUGUGGUUCGAUAGCAGGUAGCAGUCAAGCCAGUGUUAGAUACGGUACUACUGGUAAGCUAUAUAUAUGUACUACUCGGUCGUACCGGAAGGAGGUCAUUGAUAACCAGCAUCAUUUCGAAUUGCUUUUGAAGUAG